UCACUUUUUACGCACGCAUGUUACGCACUGGGACUAACUGGAUUUAAGGGCACAUAUCGAUAUAUGUACAUUUUAUGGAAUAAAUCAUCUUUAAACAUGAUACUAAAUAUAAAGCAUAUCCUGUGGUUAUGUUGCCUCUGUGAAGCUGCAACAGCAACAGCCUUCAAUGCGUUAUCGAUAAUCAGACCUGUCACUGGGUCCCUGUCAGGGAAGGUAAAUCUUCCCUGCUUCUUCUCCACCAUCCCGACCUCAGCACCAGUCAUCAGCCCCAAUGGUACAGCCAUUUAUAGCAGAGAUUACUUGCGGAUCAAAUGGACCAAAAUAGCGGGAGAAGAAGAAUCUACAGUGCUGGUGGCACAAAAUGGGGUCAUCAAGAUAGGCUCCAGCUACAGGAACCGUGUAUCAGUGCCCAGCCACCCUGAGGAUGUUGGUGAUGCCUCACUGACGAUGGUCAAGCUGCGUGCCAGUGAUGCGGGUACUUAUCGUUGUGAGGUCAUGUACGGCAUUGAAGACACCCAGGAUACAGUCAACCUUGAUGUCAACGGUGUUGUCUUUCACUACCGGGCAAGCAUCAACAGGUAUACACUGGACUACCAGAACGCUGUCAGAACUUGCCAAAAUAUUGGAGCAACCAUUGCUACAUAUGAUCAGCUGAAAGCAGCUUAUGAAGAUGGCUUUGAUCAAUGUGAUGCUGGCUGGAUUGCAGACCAGACAGUGAGAUACCCAAUUACAAAGCCAAGGACGGGCUGCUAUGGCAACCUCCAGGCUAAACCUGGCAUUAGGUCAUAUGGAACCAGGAAACCCACGGAGACCUAUGAUGUAUACUGUUACGUCGAUAAACUUGAUGGUGAAGUAUACUACGCUCCUGUUACCCGUAAGAUGACAUUUGAAGAGGCCCGUGAAGAGUGCAAGAAGAGGAAUGCAGUUUUGGCAACCCCUGGCCAACUCCAUGCUGCCUGGCGACAGGGCCUGGACAGAUGUGACUACGGCUGGCUCUCUGACGGCAGUGUUCGACAUCCUGUUGCAGUACCCAGAUUGCAGUGUGGGGGAGGCCUGCUCGGUGUCAGGACCAUGUAUCGCUACAGAAACCAGACUGGCUUCCCAGAACCAACUAAAAAGCUUGGAGCUUACUGUUUUAAAGGACUUAACUCAUGUACAGAGGACAUUUGCCUGAAUGGAGGAUCUUGCUACAAAACUGGCAGUAUCUAUACCUGUAACUGUGCUCCUGGUUACAGCGGUGAUCGCUGUGAAAUAGAUAUUGAUGAGUGCCAGUCAAAUCCUUGCCGCAAUGGAGGUACAUGUGUUGACGGGCUGGCUUCCUUCACAUGUGUGUGCCUCCCAAGUUACUCUGGGCUGUAUUGUGAGGAGGAUACAGAAAUAUGUGACUACGGCUGGCAUAAGUUUCAGGGCCACUGCUACAAGUACUUCCCUCACAGGAGAAACUGGGACACAGCAGAGAGAGAGUGUCGCAUGCAGGGGGCUCAUCUCACCAGCAUCCUUUCCCAUGAGGAGCAAGAGUUUGUCAACCGUCUUGGACAAGAUUACCAGUGGAUCGGCUUGAAUGAUAAGAUGUUUGACAGCGACUUCCGCUGGACUGACGGCAGCCCAGUGCAAUAUGAAAACUGGAGGCCCAACCAGCCUGACAGCUUCUUCUCUUCUGGUGAGGAUUGUGUAGUGAUGAUCUGGCACGAGGACGGCCAGUGGAACGACGUUCCUUGCAACUACCACCUCACCUUCACCUGCAAGAAGGGCACAGUGGCCUGUAGCCAACCCCCUGUGGUAGAGAAUGCACGAACCUUUGGUAAGAAACGUGAGAGGUAUGAGAUCAACUCACUGGUGAGGUACCAGUGUCGGGCAGGUUUUAUUCAGAGGCACGUCCCAACUAUCCGUUGUCGUGGGGAUGGACGAUGGGAUAUUCCUAAAAUCACCUGCAUGAAUCCAUCAAGCUAUCAGAGGACCUUUAUCAGAAGACAUCAACAUAAUAGUCUCUACAGCAUCAACAAUUUCAAACUAUGGCCGGACGAGGCCCUCAGCUUUCACCAUCAGCUCUACCGGGGAAGGAGAGACAGAACUGAACAUAAGCGGAAGAGACAGUGAUUGCCAUGUAACAUGGCACAGCUUUCCUGAGAUGAGAACACAUGGCUGAUGCUUGUGUGGAAAGAGGAAAAGGAUUCUCGGAGGAAAAGCACAAGAGAAAACUCAUCAAAGAAACAGAGAGGAGAAUCUGCAGUUUUCUUGCAUUUUAGAUGACAAUGGAAUUUUAUGAAGUGUCUUUUAAAGAGAUGUUGACACAUGACUUUUCUUAUCAAGGGGCACUGUUUUAUAACAAUGCCAACGUGGAUGAAAUACUUUCAGCUGGCUACUGGAAAAGCAAAAAAUAUUCUCCUCAUUCUUUUUUAAACUGCAGACAUUUUUUCUUUGUCAUUAGCUUUUGAAAUAAUACUUUCAUGACUGUUGUCUAAUACCUUUGUACACCAACUGUGCUAUUUAAAAAUCACCAUAAGUGUUCCUUAAUCAUAAAAAAAGCUGUUGUGAAAUUAUAGCGCUUAUGUUAUGUAAAGGAAUUGAUUAUGUUGUCGUGCUGUUUUAAGCUGGACUUCGUUUUAAUGAGCAUGCAUGCACAUGCAUAUAUUUAAGCCCUCAAACCUUUAACUAUGUUUAUUCUUUGUCAAGAGAUCCGAGUUUGUCCUCUCAGAACACAAACAGAGGCAUCAGAGGCAAUGACUGAUAAUGCAAAGGACUCAUACAUUAGUAGACUUAUACAUCAUAUAUGUAGAACUAUAAACCUGUAUAAAGAAUCUUUCUUCAGUACUAAAAUCUAGAGGCGCAAAUCAUCAUCACUUCAUAGCUUUGCUAGUGGUAGUCAUUCAGAUUCCAGAGCAGAUGAGAAGUAAGUUGGAGGAAAUUUUACCAAAUUGCUCAGUUAACUGCUGGAGACCUUCUUUGUGGUGGCAGCUUUCAAAAUAACAAAUUACCACCUUUCAUUUACUCCAGCCUUCACUGGAUGUCAUCAUCGAUGUCUUGUCAAGAUAAAUGUCUGUGGAUAGAUUUCUAUAGAGAAACUUACUGAUACUUCCUUUGAUUCUUUGCAACGACAAGGCCUUUAUUCACUGAUGGAAAUCGAUGUCCGUCAUCUGUUUUAAAAUGAAAGAAGGGAUGUGUGGCUCAAGCAGCCUGUAUUUUCUGCUCGUGUGUGUUCAGUGCAUAACUUACAAUUAGUUGCGUUAGCAUGUUUACAAUAAUUGUAAUGCUGUUCAUAGUACCACACACACACCAAAGAGUCUUGCUCUCAUCUAUUGCUGCUGCACUGUAGCUUACAAUAGUUCUCUUGGUCAUUUUUAUUUUCUUCUGCACACUUAACUUUUCUGUUAUUGUGGUCAAUCGAAAUCAGCCAUUGAGAGAUUCAGCCGUUGAGAGAAUGUAUUUUGUGAAACACUCAAAAAGACUUGAACGUUAACGGCUGUUUAGGCAGAGAUACAUGUAAUUUAUUUUCAAGCUGCUCUUGAUCUCCUUACUCGUUUUAUACUGACAGGUAAAAUAUGAUGCUGUCAUCUGGCCCAGCAGUGCUCUUCAUAUAUUUUUAUUAUAUGUUCAACAGGAGACCAGCCACAAUCACAGACUCUCUAAAUGGGAUGCAUUGAAGAUGAAAAUAUCUUGCAUUGGAGAUGAAAAGUAUUUUUACAUCUUUAAUGCCAGCAGUGGACCAAAGAAUAUGGAGGGCUCCAUCGGCUGCAAUAAUGUUGUUCUGUAACAUUAACAAAAUAUUUGUACAUGUGGAUGGUUAUGUGUGUCUCCAGCCAUUUUUUUUUAAUGGAGAGUUGUUUUGUCAGCCUGUGAAUGUCUGUGUGUGUGUUUCAGCCUUAAUGUGCACAUAAUAUCAUUUUAUAUUU